AUGGCUGAAAUGUUUCGAGAGGUUCCCCUGUUGCAGCAGAGUGUUGGUGGGAACAAAUCGAAAGCCAUCCGUAUAUCAUCAGCAGGUGGUUAUCACGCGAUGUUGGUGGAUUCCAAAACAUCUGAAAUUGCUGGUGGAUUCAGAAUCAAUCAUUUUAUCAAGGGAAUUUCUAUGUUAAAACGUUUCAUUUAUUGGCGAACGUUCAGAGAAUCAAUUUUUUUAACCGAAACAUGCUUGGAUAGAAACCAAGUUUGUUUUGAACUGCAAAUAACGUUUGAAGGAAGUCCUAUACUCGCGGUAGAAUGUUACAAAUCAUCGAAUUCGCCAUUACUUUUAAUCUUUGUAACCACUACAUCUAUCCACCGCGUAUCAUUUGAGAUGCCCUCAUUCAUGGAUCAUCAAUUAUAUACUGAGCAAGAUUCAAUCCUUCUUCAGAUAAACGAACAUAUUGUAACGGAUCCUUUUCACUGUUACACCUUCAUAAACGACAUAGGUCAAGCGGUUCCAGUGGCUGCAACCAUUGCUAAUUCCAGCAAUAAUUUGGAUUCUACAAUAGCUAUUGCAUGCACAAAUUCUUUACAUCUGCUGGUGCUACGAAUGGAAGGGGAUAGAAUGAAGGUACAAUGCUCAGAAUUAGAACACAACCCACUAACGUUUUCGAAACUGAUCCAUUCAAUUACUGAAUCGUGGCGAAGAAAAUCCUACACUAGCCAGGUGGUGGCAAUGUCUUUCGACACACAGACUCUAGCAGAGCAUCAAUCGUUAUUGUAUACGUUGCACCGAAAUGGUGCUUUGCGCGUUUGGUUACUUGGUGGUCGAUGUCUAGCAUCGGAAUAUCUAUCCAAAUACACUCAGGGCAGUGAAACAGAAUUUCAUUCCUGCAUCUUACGGAGUUCAAGGUCGUUGGUGGCACUUUACUUUUCAUUUCAGACGUUUUCUGAGUUUGUUAUAAUACGCCCGGAAUUGUCGAUGGAUUCCCUUACUGGAACCAUCUCAUCAGUAGAACUAAAAAAAAAUUGUACUUUUCUUGCCCCAAACUACGAUCUUAUUGAUUUCAAGCUUUGCGAUGAACGUUUAUGGACCUUAUGGUGCAAUGCCGAGGGUGAAACACAAGCAUUGUUUUAUGAGUUGAACAUGCAAGAUGCAGGAGAAAUAGUGCAUAACGUGUGGUCGCCAAUAAUUUUGGAAAACAUCAGUGAUAAAGAACAUUCUGCAGUUGCGGUUGGCGUGGAUCUGAAGGAUGUUUAUUGCAGCCGUAUUUUUCAGUCUGGAAGUUUUCCUGACAAAGUUAUCAGAAAAUCACUCACGAUGUUUAAUCGCAAUACUGCAAGUAUAACAGCGAGCUCCACUGCUAUAAAUUAUAAUAUGCUACGAUUGAAAAGAUAUGCCCUUACUUGUAUUGAAAGCCAGUUACAACAAGAGUGUGCAACUAUGCGACAGAAUGGCCCAUUGGAUAAUGACCAAAUACAAGAAAUAUCGAAUGGGCUGUGGGAAAAAUUUUAUCUUUAUUGCGUCCAGUAUCGCUUUGAAUCAUCACGACCUAUUGGGUUAUUUAUUUGCGAAGAAGUGCAUGAAGAAAAAUUGUUUUAUACCGCUGGCAUUAUAAGAAAAACAUAUGUCAGUUUCUUCCGCGCUUGUGACGAUUUAGAAGUUGCAUUUUUCUCUCCAUUAUGUAACAGCCAUUUUUCCACCGGUUCACCUAUCGAAAAUGUUUUAAAAGAAAAUCGGGAAAUGAUGGUACUUGUUACAUUUUUGGCCGAAAUAGAACGAACACUUACAGCGGAACAGAAACUAAAACUUGAUAGUUUCAUUCAUCAACGGAGAGAGAGCCAAUCAAACGAAAAUUAUGUUUCGUUAAUUGAAGCCACUCAAAAUCAACUACUCGUUCAUAAUUUGUUGCCCGCAUUUUUGCAACGUGUUUCCAACCUGCCCAAAGCUAUCGAAAAAUUGCUUGAGUACGUAAAACCUGUGAAUAAGGAUAGCUACUUGUCUGCCUGCCAGGAACAAUCGACCGGGCUCGGUAUUUACAACAAUUACGAACUAACGAGUGAAAUAGCAUUAACAACUACGAAACAAACGAUACUGCUGCGUUAUUUGCUACUUCGCAACCUUUUGCUGUUGCAACACAUGAUUCAACGUCACUGUACUUUUCACUACUACAUCAUCGAUGCAAUACAGUCCACCAUUGGUCCGGAUACUGAAAAUGCACUACGGCUUUAUCAGGUUAUGAACUGGAUAGCCCAAACUCGCCUGGACAUCGAUUGGUCAAAGUACAACAAAAUAGCUAUUACGCUUCCGUUAAACAUUCGCACGUCUUUGACUUUGUUGCAAGCGUAUGCCAUUUCUCAGAUGAACGAGGAAAUAUCAUUUACGCGCGAAAAUCUACCAUUGUCUCGAGCACAGAAUACUCUCGCAUCAAUGUCCUUAACACGAAAAGCUAAUACUAUAAUUGCUUUCAUUUGUCCCUCGAGUGAUGAUUUUUUGUUUGGAGAAUGGCUUUCGCAAAAUAAUUUGCAUGUACAUAUUGAUGAAUAUGUUCGCUUGUUGAACAAUUGGUGUGAGUGGAAUAGCUGUUCCAGAAACUUCAUUAAAGCUAAAUCAUGCCUAACAUUAGGGGAUACUUCCAAAGCGCUGGAUCUCUUUCCGUUGUCUUUGAAAGGAAUUCAAAAUGAGCGUAUUUUAAAAAAGUUCUGGUGUCAAGAUGAAAAUAAACCCAGCACAUCGCAUUGUGCAGCGCUCACCGCAUUUUAUCUUAAGCUGAUUCGUAUAUUUCAAAAAGAAGGAGUCUACGACGGUGUUUUGAAACUAGUACACUCUGGAAUUGAUAACACGAUUGAUUCAAUACAACAGACCAUGUUUCAGAGCAUCGAAUUCAGUUGCCAUAUUGAGUUAGGCCAUUACGAAGAGGCGUACAAUGCACUCAUAAAAAAUCAAGAACCUGCGCGCAAAAAAGAUUGUUUGAGGCAAUUGAUAUGUUUACUGUUCUCUCUGCACAGAUUAGACAUUCUUUUAGAUUUGCCGUACUACGGAUUAGAAGAAGAGUUCACUAACAUUGUGGGUAUGAGCGCCCGAUCCGCGGAUAUUGCCGAUUGCUUGCAAUACAACUUUCUGUAUUCAUUUCACGUGAACAAAAUGAACUUACGUAAAGCUGCGACUAUAACUUAUGAGGAAGGAAUGCGAAAUUAUUUUGAAUGCAAAAGUCUGAAUCAUUUGAAUAGGUAUUAUUGUUGUCUUUUAAAAUGUUUGAAUUCACUCUCCGUCAUCAAAGAUUCAUACGCGUGGAUUGUACAUCCUAUCUUAGAACAAGUUGAGGCACCAACUGCAAUAAAAGAGGACAUAAUUGAUAUCGUUGACAAAAAAAGGCUCGAAGAACAAUUGAUAGCUACACACUGUGCGCUUCAAAUAUCCAUGUGUAACGAUGAAUUUAAACUGGUUACAUCUCUUGAUGCGACGAAUCUAAUUUCCUUGCUGAUGAAACGAAAACUGUAUCGUUCCGCAUUUAACUUAGCCCGUUAUUGCAUGCGUUCCAUGGUCCCCACAAUUUAUGAACACAUAACGAGCUCCUGUAUCACAGCAUCUUUCGCUUCCAACGCGGCUGGUUCAAACAUUGAUAACACUACAAACAUCGGAUUACCUUGGUUGAACGACAAUUGCAUAUCAGAUCUAGUUGUUGUGCCCGACAACACUUCCACUGCAUGGAAUUAUUUGCGCCAUACAAUAGAGCAAGAAAACGAGGAUCUUAUUAGUAGUGCCUAUUUGGCGGUAUUUAACCGUAUUCUGUCGAGAUGUGCGUAUAUUCCUACAUGGUUGAAGAAAUGGUGCUUCGAAAAUAUACCCACACAAUUUAUCCGUGCCUAUUUGCGCCACGGUCGUUUAGAUGAAGCAUAUGAAUAUACAAUAGAGUUGUUCAAAACUAAAUUUUUCAGUAGUGGAAAGUUCAAUCAGAAUACUAUUUUUCCUUUAUCGUUGUUGGAAUAUCUAUCCUAUGAGCUGGAGACUUCAUCAACACACAAUAUGGAAAUGCAAACCAUUGAACAUUAUUUGCGCAUAAUUGAAGUGGCUGUUUAA